GGCAACUGGCCAAAAUAAUGCUGGCCAUUCAUUUCCCUCGUCGAUCUUCCAUCUAUGCUCUCGAUAAUGGCCCCUUGAGAUGACCUGACGAUAGGUCUUCUUCUUGGUGAGCCCCUUGAAUACAUUUCGCUGUCCGAGUGGACUCCACCAUGCUUCAGCGCCCGGUCGCUUUUCAUUCCUUUAAAGCUUUCCAGGGGGAACUAGUGCUACUAUCAUGGCACGUCGACUUGUUCGCGCGGGCGUGCAGCUCGCUAUUUUCGCCGCUUUUGUCCUACUCCUCAUCGUAACUCUGGAUAAUCGAUUUCACGUUCUACCGGACUCCAUCCAUGGACACCUUCCGUCUCACUAUGCGGGCUUCGUCGUCACCGACGUGGUCAUCGUGACCUGCUCGACUCUCAAUGUAUUUGGCGGCUGCAAACCAGACUCGCCGACAUGGUCGCAAGUCGACAAGGAUCUCUAUCUGCGCACAGGCUGGACCUCCACUGCCUUUGUGCGAUUCGAGCACAAGAAAGAGGAGGAUCUGCUUCCUGCCGACAAAGUUGUCAUCGACCUGAAGAUUGGCCGGCUCGUUCCUGAAUCGACCACUGAAUCCAAGAACAAGGGCGAGGAGUGGGAGCAAAGGCAAGGUGGUAUCUGGCUGAAAAGGACGGCAAAGCGCCAUGCAAGCGAUUCGCAGUCCGUCAUUACUUCGGUCGAUGUCCUCUUCGGCGCCGAUGCGGUCGAUCCGCGACUUGGUUGGGAGGUCAACGGGACUCCGUUACUGCUGGAUAGCCGGACGGAGGAGCUGGAGACUCGUAUCAGCGUGCGCAGGGGAGACAUGCCCAAGACGAAGAGGCCCGUUCCUCGAAUCAAUGAUAAUGGCCGAUUCAAAAUCAUGCAGUUGGCCGAUCUACAUCUCAGUACUGGUCUUGGACACUGCCGAGACCCUGUUCCGGCCGAGCUUGUGCCGGGACAGAAAUGCGAAGCCGACACGCGAACGCUCGAGUUCGUGGAAAGACUCCUUGAUGAAGAGCAGCCCGAUAUGGUUGUGAUGAGCGGGGAUCAGGUAAAUGGCGAAACGUCUAAAGACGCACAGAGCGCGCUCUUCAAGGCGGCCAAGCUGCUGGUUGACCGCAAGAUUCCAUAUGCCGCCAUCUUCGGCAAUCAUGACGACGAGGGUAACCUCAAGCGGGCGGCGCUCAUGAACAUCCUGGAGGACCUUCCGUACUCACUAUCAUCGGCUGGCCCUGACGAAGUGGACGGAGUCGGCAACUACAUAGUCGAAGUCCUUGGUCGCGGAAAGACGGCCCACUCUGCUUUGACUCUCUACCUUCUGGACACUCACUCUUACUCCCCCGACGAGCGACAGUUCCGGGGCUAUGACUGGGUGAAGCCCAGCCAGAUCCGGUGGUUCAAGAACACCGCUCAGGGGCUCAAGGCCAAACACCAUGAGUAUACCCAUAUGCAUAUGGACGUGGCGUUCAUUCAUAUUCCGCUUCCUGAGUACCGCGAGUCUCAGAAUUAUUACCGUGGAGAUUGGUCGGAGGCGCCGACGGCUCCUGGAUUCAAUUCGGGGUUGAAGGAUGCGCUUGAGGAGGAAGGAAUCCUCUUUGUUAGUGCCGGACAUGAUCAUGUCAAUGACUACUGCAUGCUGAACAAGGACACAAAUGAGAAGCCGUCUCUUUGGAUGUGCUACGGUGGCGGCUCCGGAUUCGGAGGCUACGGAGGCUACGGCGGCUAUGUCCGGCGUAUCAGAUUCUUUGACUUCGACAUGAACUCGGGACGAGUCAUGACAUACAAGCGGCUUGAAUAUGGCCAAACCGAGGCUAAGAUCGACGAGAUGAUGAUCGUCGACGGGGGGAUUGUGAAAGGACCCGGGGAGGACAACUAAAAUUGCAUUCCGUCAUCACCCGCUUUCUCAACUCUUGAGUAUUUCAAAGGAGAGGGGGGUAGAAAGUCACUAUAUUUUCAUCCACUUACUGUGAGCGAAGGCUCGCUCUCCCGGCACAGAUCCUGUGCCCAUCUGAUGAAUAUUUAAGAUGCUGGCAUGGUCACUCGUCAAUGACGAUCAGUCUUAUCAUGCGAAGCUCUGUUUCCAUUCUUUGGCCGAUGUGGUCGUUUGAUAUCUGUAUAGGAAGCCAAUGUUGAUUUACUAAAAACACGACG